GGUUUUUUAUAUUUCUCCACGAUAAUUAAUUCCACAACCAUCGUUAUGGAAUCCUAUUAAUUGUAUUAGGGUGUGAACUCCACUUACUGGGUUUCUCAAAAGAGAGGUUAGAUCAAAAGAAAGCUACAUUGAGGUUAUUCAUCUUUCCGAAUAUAGUAAUAUCUUACCACGAAGUGAGCGUUAGUGAAUGAUAAGUUCAGCGUUUAGUAAUAGAAACUAUUAUUUGAAAGCGAGACAUCGAUCCUGAAAGAACCCAAAGUUGAGCUGAAACCAUUUCACAUUCGUCAUUAGCCCUCCAAAGGGCCACUGUGUUCAUAAACACGCGUAGGAAAAGGAGGUAAUAGGACGUAUAGGUUUCUUUUGAAAUAAUGAGCAUCCAACAGGGAUGACUACUUCUAGCAUUUAUUUCGACGUAAAUCUUCUGUUGAGAACGAAGAAGGGGUGUGGCCAAUAUUGGCAAUUUAUAUCUUUUUCAACCCAAGCCAUCCAACGGCUUCAUCGUUUUGAGAUUUCCGAUUUUAUUCCCAACAAACAUAACGCCAUCAUUUCAAGGCAAUUUAGGAAAUCGCCACGGCGUGUUGGAGCAGCGUCGAUGUGUUCUUGUAGAGGCAAGCAAAACGUAAAUUGCGCAGGCGCCUUCCCCAUAGCAUCACCCAUAAAGUUGUCUAUUUCGUUGUCGGAGACUUCGCAGGGCUUCUCCGGUUGCCAUACGGUUAAAAAAAAGUGAUCCGACUGAUUAUUUUGUCAGUACUCGCGUACUGAUUGCAUCCACCUGUAGGAUAGAUGAAAAUGCACCAAAGCAGAACAAGUAAUCUGUAAAACUUCGACCGCCAUGGAUCUCAAUUGCCAUCAGUUGUCCGACGCGGUUUAACUAAAGAAAAAAUAUCGGUAGAUCUCAAUCAUCGAAGCACGCAUAGUAUCCGCAAACGUGAAAAUUUUCCCCAUGACUAUGAGGACUCUGCAAUAUGGUCUAGAGGAACUCUCUUCCAGGCAGCGCGGCGGAUUCCAGAUUUCUGUCAGAGUUUCGAACGCAGGUCGAGAGGGGCGAAUGAAAAGGGGCUCGUUCGAUGAGCCCCACGCAACGCAUGACUCUCGUGCUGUAAUCUGAACUUGCAUAAGGGAUUUGAGUUGGACACUCCCUCCUCGAUUCAAUGAGGUGAACAUCCCCAAGGCGAGCCGAUCAUGACGCACACUUUGAGUGCUUUUCAUGUGAUCCAUACAACUCACCUUGGCUCAUCAAACCAUUUGAACUUUUGUGAGUUCCCGUGGUUUGUGAGGGAUGAUAUUUAUGACAUCCGGUGGGAAAAUUCUAAUGUUGGAUAUAAUUUUGACUUGAGUGGGGCUCAAAAAAAAAAAAA